UAGGCAGCACACUGAGUUUUCAUACACAGCCAAUGUGUGUGCAGAGUUUAUCGUGAGUGGAGCAUAAGUUACCUGGAGGUAAAUAAACAGUGCAAUGGUGCAACAGGCAAGUGAUGUGGAGUGAUAUACUGUAGUAGUGGAAGACAAUAGCGUGUUGCAGGAUGGAGGCGGACGAUUAUGGGCGGGGCCGAGAGCCGUGGGAAUGGAGCGAGGCCGCUGGUGCGAUUGCUAAUGAGCGUGUCUCACGGAGGAGCUCCGGGAGGAUAAAAGGAGGAGUGACAACAGUGAAGGACGUGAGAGGACCAGUGCCGGAUGACCUGACGCCAGAGGAGAAGCAAGAGCUGGAGAACAUCAGGAGACGUAAACAGGAGCUGCUCGAGGACAUACAGCGGCUAAAGGAUGAGAUAGCAAAGGUGACGAAUGAGAUCGAAAGUCUUGGCUCCACUCAAGAAAGAAUAAACAUGCAGCGGAGUAAACAGAUGGCCAUGGGCCGCAAAAAAUUUAACAUGGAUCCCAAAAAGGGGAUUCAGUUCCUUAUGGAGAACGAAUUGCUGAAGAAAACAUGUGAAGAUAUUGCUCAAUUCCUCUACAAGGGUGAGGGCCUCAACAAGACAGCCAUCGGAGAUUAUCUGGGUGAAAGGGAUGAGUUCAAUAUUCAGGUUCUUCAUGCCUUUGUGGAGCUUCAUGAAUUUACAGACCUCAACCUUGUUCAGGCCCUCAGACAGUUCUUAUGGAGUUUCCGGUUACCGGGCGAGGCUCAGAAGAUUGAUCGUAUGAUGGAAGCCUUUGCCCAGCGUUACUGUCAGUGUAAUCCUGGCGUCUUUCAAUCCACAGAUACAUGUUACGUCCUCUCGUUCGCAAUUAUCAUGUUGAACACAAGCCUUCACAACCCUAAUGUGAAGGACAAGCCAUCCGCAGAGCGAUUCAUAGGCAUGAACAGGGGCAUCAAUGAUGGUGGAGAUCUGCCAGAAGACCUACUCAGGAACCUGUACGAGAGCAUUAAGAAUGAACCCUUCAAAAUACCCGAAGAUGAUGGCAACGACCUCACGCACACCUUCUUUAACCCAGAUCGUGAGGGCUGGCUGCUCAAACUGGGAGGUGGACGGGUCAAAACAUGGAAGAGGAGAUGGUUCAUCUUGACGGACAACUGCCUCUAUUACUUUGAGUACACCACUGAUAAAGAGCCAAGAGGGAUCAUUCCUCUAGAAAAUCUCAGUAUUAGGGAAGUGGAAGACUCCAAAAAGCCAAAUUGCUUUGAACUCUUCAUCCCAGAUAAUAAGGAUCAGGUCAUUAAGGCAUGUAAGACUGAAGCAGAUGGACGGGUUGUGGAAGGCAACCAUACAUUCUACCGCAUCUCAGCCCCAACAACAGAAGAGAAAGAGGAGUGGAUUAAAAGCAUCAAGGCUGCCAUAAGCAGAGACCCUUUCUAUGAAAUGCUAACUGCCAGGAAGAAGAAAGCAUCAUCUAUGAAGAGACAGUAGAAUAUUUAAAUGUCAGGCUGCAUGGAUAUUUGCUUCAAGGCUGUGAAAAGGAUGUUUGUACAUGGACCUGGAAAAGGGGGAUGAGGUCUGGGAAAGGGACGAAUUUAAAACGAAAGCCAUAACGCUGGAUUGGACUGAUUUUUCUCAGGAAUGCCCUCGAAUUUUGAACAUUUUCAGUGCAGUUGGUAGUCGGGGAACUUGUCUGACAUUUAUGUAAUUUUUGGAGAGAACAUUAUCGAAUACUCACAUAAUCAUCUCAAAUCAGCAGGUCUGACUGAAUGUGGCAUCUCAUUCACCUUUUUUAAGCUUGCUAAUAUGACCGUUCCUUUUUGUGCUUUGAUACAUGUAAAAAUGCUAAAUGUGCAACUAUUUUUACACAGCUAUGUAAAUAUCUGGGAGGGGUUGUUCCCUGGUUUGUUAGAUUUAUCUGACAAUAUAAUUUCAGUGACCUUUGCUCUGUUUAUUAUUUUUCUGAUCUGGCAUGAUGUUUGUAGUUUUUCCUGUCUUUUCUUUUGCUAGACUUCUUUCACAUUUUACUGUCAAAUUUGCCAGAGUUUGUCUUUUUGUUUCACCCUGUUUUCUUCUCUGUCCUUGAUAUAGUUGACUCAAUGUUAGAUGGUCAUGAACAUUGCUGACGCAAUUAAGUGUAUUUUGAUUGCUUGUCCGAUUCAUGCAAUGAAAAUAUUUUAUUUUGCUACUGUUUAUUUGGCCUAAAAAAAAAAAAAAUUUAAGUAUUAAUUUGCAAUAUACACUCAUCUCAUAUGUGGCCUUGAAAGACUGAAGAGAGAGAGAGAGAGAGAGAGAGAGAGAAAAAAUCCAAAUACAUUUAAUUAAGUUUGAUUUAUAUUUAUGGUGUAAUGUUAAAGCUGUUACAUGUCAAAUAUUAAACUACUGAUUUAAGAGUUUAUUUUUCCUAUGUUCUAUAUUUUUUUUUACUACAAACUAUGCGUGUUAAAUUGUUAACAUCACAUAAAAGCACCCCCAAACACAACUUUUCUUUAAAUGCACUGAUAAUUAAGAGAAAAUUCUCAAAUAUGAAUUUAUCAAUCCUGUACAUAUAUGUAGGUUUUUUGUUUUGUUUUUGUCAAAAUUUACUUUGUGCAAAAGUAAAUGGGGUGAAGAAAAGUUUUUGACCUAUUAAGUUUUAUUCACCAUUGCGAUGUAAUCUUGUUCUUAAAAUAAAAAAUGUGAUAAAAACAAAUAUGAUUGAG